CGCGCCGCUUCCGCCCGGCGCCGCGUGCGCCUCCCGCCGCCGGAACCUUCCCCAUCCUCAUCCCGAUCCCGGGAACGCUCCCGGUCCCGAUCCCGAUCCCCAUCCCGGGAACGCUCCCGGUCCCGAUUCCCAUCCCGGGAACGCUCCCGGUCCCGCGCUCCCCCCUGGCAGCGGCCCCGGGCAGGGCCUCCCAGAGUGCAAGCAUGGCAUCCAUGGAAGAAAACUUUCCUCGAGGGGGCAUCCAGAAGAAACCUGCAGAGGGAAAAACACCCAAGCCAAAGUUAGAGAGGGACAAUUUGUUUGAUGUUCAGCAUGAAGAAAAAUCCCAGAAAAGAAAAAGAAGCCAGAAGGAUCAAGGAAAGCAGCAGGAAAGCAAGAAAAGGUUCAAGGCAGACAAAGAAGCUGCUGCUAAAGACAAUGUUAUGAAUAUUGGACCACUCACAAUUGAGGCGCUCAGUGAGGGGAUGCUGCUCCUUGGCUGUAUAAAAGAGGUCACUGACUAUGAGCUCGCCAUCAGUUUGCCCAGCGGCCUCUCUGGAUUUGUGCCAGUCACGCAGAUCAGCGAUGCCUACAGCAAACUGCUGACCAAGCAGGUGGCCCAAGGAGAACUCCUGGAGGAGUUGAAUUCGCUCCCAGACCUGUUUUCUCCAGGGACACUGGUCAGGUGCAUCGUGACCAGUGUUGAGAAAAGUGAUGAUGGACGUCGCAGUGUCAAGUUAUCCAUUGACCCCAAGAAGGUCAACAAAGGCCUGAACUCUACAGCACUAGCAGCAGGCAUGCUGCUCUCUGGCUCUGUGAUGAGCAUGGAAGACCAUGGCUACCUCAUAGAUAUUGGUGUCACUGGAACUCAUGCUUUCCUGCCCCAUCAGAAAGCCAAAACUUACAUCAAAGCACUGAAGAAAGGGCCUGACUUGAAAAUAGGUCAGAACCUGAACUGCCUCAUUGUGGAAGUGAAGAAUGAGGGCAGGGUGGUCUGUUUGUCCAUUGACCGAUCGGAGGUGGCUGCAUCCAUUGCCACAGAGCGACAGAACUGGACACUCUCUAAUUUAUUGCCAGGGCUGGUGGUGAAAGCUCGAGUGCAGAAGCUGGCCCCACUUGGGAUGAAGCUGACAUUUCUGUCUUACUUCACUGGCAUUGUGGAUUUCAUGCACAUGGACCCAGAGAAAUCCAUGAGCUAUUCUCAAGAUCAAGUGGUGAGGGCCUGUGUGCUGUCUGUGCACCCCACGUCGCGGGCGGUGCGGCUCUCGCUGCUCCCGCCCUUCCUGCACGCGGGGGGAGCCCCCCGGCAGCUCCCCGGGCAGCGCCUGGGGGCAGUGCUGGAGGAGGCCACGGUCAAAGUCUUCUACAAACAGUUUGGGGCUGUCUUUGAGCUGGAUGAUGGCACUUUUGCAUUUGCACGGUUGAAACAUCUUUCAAAAACCAGAAAAUCCUUCAAACCUGGGGCAUUUAAGGAAGGCUGCAAACAUAAAUGUCGGAUCAUUGACUACAGCCUGAUGGAUGAGAUGUGUAUUGUAUCUCUGAAGCAUCAGAUCAUUGAAGCAAGGUUUCUGCAAUACCAGGAUAUCCACAUGGGUGAUGUGGUGCAGGGCAAAGUGCUCUCUCUAAAACCCAUUGGGAUGCAGGUGAAAGUGGCUGAUGGGAUUAGAGGACUUGUGCCAUCCAUCCAUCUCUCUGAUGUGAUCCUGAAGCAGCCUGAGAAGAAGUACAACAUAGGAGAUGAAGUCAAGUGUCGGGUGCUAGAGUGCAAUCCUGAAGGAAAGAAGCUGAUCCUUACUCUAAAGAAAAGUCUCGUCCAAUCAAAGCUUCCAAUCCUCUCAAAUUAUGAAGAUGCAAAACCAGGGUUGAUCACACAUGGCUUUGUAGUGUGUGCAAGGGAGUUUGGUUGCAUUGUGAAGUUCUACAAUGAUGUCAAAGGUCUGGUACCCAAGAAUGAGCUGGCCUCAGAACCCAUAUCUUGUCCAGAUAAAGUCUUCUAUGAAGGCCAGGUUCUUAAAGUAAUGGUCUUAAAAUGUGAGCCUCAGCAGGAAAGGCUCUUGUUGUCCUUCAAAUUAUCAAGCAAGCCUGGCCCUGAGGACAAGUGGAAAUGUACUCCAAAGGAGAAACAGGAAGUGAAAUACCAAAUAGGAGAGAUAGUUGAUGUGAAAAUCCUCAAGAAGAAAGAUAAUGGGUUAGAAGUUUCCAUCUUAGAAGAUGAAGAUAAUGUGAUAGCCUGGAUCCCUAUGCUGCACCUCUCUGACUUUGUUGCUACCUCCAAGCUCCUGUGGCACUGUCUUCAAGAGGGAGAUGUCCUGCCCAGAGUUAUGUAUCUAAGUGACAAGGGAGAGCACAUUAUCUUGAGUAGAAAGUCUGCAGUGAUUUCUGCUGUACAGGAGGAGCAAGUUGUGAGAAGCUUCUCUGAAAUCCAGCCUGGCAUGCUGUUGACUGGUUAUGUGAGGAAUGUGAUGCCCUUUGGAGUGUUUGUGGAGUUCCCUUUUGGUGUGACAGGACUAGCACCUAAAGUGAGCAUGAGUGAUAAGUUUGUGACAGACACCAAGGACCACUUUGUGGUGGGACAGACUGUGAUUGCAAAGGUGAUGAGCAUUGAUGAGGAGAAGCAGCGUGUGCUCCUCAAUCUGAAGGUGUCUGAGUGCAGCUCAGGAGAUUCUGCUGCAGAGAGCUUUGCCCUCCUGAAUCAAUAUUUCAAGGAGCUGAAAGGAAUCAGGGACUUGUUGAAAAGAGGAGAGCCCAGCAAUUGUGAGUUGGUGCCUGGGAAGAGGGUGCAUCUGGUCGUGCAGGAUGUGAGGGAGGAUGGCUCAGCACUGUUCAGUGGCUGCUCUGCCACAGGCUGGACUGUAACUGCCACCUGCUACCAUUUGGGAGGUAAAAAUAUUGCUCGUGGUGAGAAAAGGAAGGCGUUGGUUCUUCAUGUGGAUGCCCUCAAAUCUGAGGUGUAUGUGUCUCUUCGGGAAGAGCUGCUAGAGCAAAGACCCAGGCGACAGCUCCGGGAGAACUCGCAGCACUCUGCGGUGGUGCAGCACAUCACAGAGCACUUUGCCAUGGUGUCUCUGCUGCAAACAGCCCAGCUGGCAGCUGUCCCCAUCGCCUGCCACUUCAACGACACCUUCCGCUUCGACUCGGAGAAACUGAGCGUGGGACGGACAAUCUCUGUCACCCUAAAAGCAGUGAAGAAGAACCACCACGGAGUCCUGCUAGCAGUACAAGGCUCAGCCAAGAAGAAUGUGUUUGUAAGGGUGCGGAACGAGUCAGAGACAGCACUAGAGGAGAUGCUUCCUGCUCUGAAACACUCACUGUCCACGGGGAACCUUGUUACUGGUACUGUUAAAUCUGUCAAACCCACCCACGUCACUGUUGCUAUUGAUGACAAGCUGAUAGGUUCAAUCCAUGCAUCCCGGAUUCUGGAUGAAGUGCCCAUAGGCUCUUUUCCAACUUCUACUCUGAAAACUGGACAGAAAGUGACUGCUCGAGUCAUUGGAGGCAGAGAUGUGAAUACUCACAGGUGCCUGCCAAUCACCCAUCCACACUUCAAACAAUCCAUUCCAGAGCUCAGCAUUCGACCAAGUGAAAAAGAAGGGGAAUUCACAGCAAUGCUGAACCUUAAAGAAGAAAGUUCCCUCAAGGAACUCUACAGUGUUGGGCAGACAGUCACCUGUUUUGUUAAGAAGUAUAACAUGCUCAAAAAUUGGCUGGAGGUAGAAGUCGGCCCCGACAUUCGAGGAAGAGUUCCUCACCUGCUGCUGUCUAUGAACACCAAGGUCUUAAAACAUCCAGAAAAGACUUUUAAAAAUGGCCAGGCAAUAUCAGCUACAGUGACUGGAACAGAUGCCACUGGAACAAACCUCUGCUUGUCAGUCACAGGAAUUCAGUCACUGGAGCAGGGUACCAUCACUGUAGGCAUGGUAAUAAAGGUGACUCCACACACUGGCUUGACCAUUGCACUGCCAGGUGGGAAGACUGGCAAAGUCAGCAUCUUUCACUUGAAUGAUACUUACAUAGAGGAUCCUCUGGGGAACUUCAAAGCUGGCAAGAUUGUCAGGUGUUACAUCCUCUCCAAUGAGAAUGGUAAAAUCCAGUUAUCUCUCCGGCAAUCCCGGCUAAAUCCAAAGAUAAACAGUAAAGUGGAGGAUAUUGAAAUAACAAGCAUUAAGGAUGUUAAAAAAGGCCAGCUAGUGAGAGGUUAUGUCAAAUCAAUCACUCCAUCAGGUGUAUUCUUUGGAUUGUCCACUUCUCUCCUGGGCCGGAUCCUGUUCCAGAAUGUUUCACCAUACUUUGUACAGGAACACUCCUUAUAUGAAAAAUACCUGCCUGAAGGAAAACUGCUCACUGCCAAAGUACUUGAGGUAAAUAGAAAAGAAAAGUAUAUUGAGCUCUCUCUCCUGCCUGAGGACACUGGGAUGCCAAGUGUCUUGCCUGAAUCCCUAGGCCUACCACAAUAUGGAGCAGAAGAAGAGAAAAGAGAGGCAGAUAAUGAGGAAAAAAGAGAAGAGCCUAAGCUGAAGAAAAAAAGAAGAGGAAACAAUGAAAAUCAUCAGGAGGCAAAGCCAAAGAAGAGGAAGAUCUGCCCAGCAGAUGAAAAUGACAGUGGAAUUGAGGUGUAUUACCGUGAGGAGGAAGAGGAUGACCAGGAGGAAGAGGCAAAUAAAAAGAAAACUAAGGUAAAGAAGCCUGGUGAAGCUCCCAGGCUGCAAGUUUCCAUGGGCUUCACCUGGGAUGAAGACAAUGCAAUGGAUAUACCUGUGCUGGAUCAGAAGGAAGAGAGCUCAGAGAGCGAGGAGGAGGAGGACAUGCAGUCCAAGUUAAAGAAACGAACAAAGAAAGAGAAGGAGCUGGAGAAGCAGAAGGAGGAGAAGGAGCUUUGCAAAGUAGAGGCAGCUCUGAUGGACCCGAGUCGGCAGCCCCAGUCAGCAGAUGACUUCGACCGCCUGGUGCUGGGCAGUCCCAACAGCUCCAUCCUCUGGCUGCAGUACAUGGCUUUCCACCUCCAGGCUACAGAGAUUGAGAAGGCCAGAGCUGUGGCAGAGAGAGCACUUAAAACAAUCAGUUUCAGGGAAGAACAGGAGAAGCUGAAUGUCUGGGUAGCUCUGCUGAAUUUGGAGAACAUGUAUGGUACUGAGGAGACACUGAUGAAAGUCUUUGAGAGAGCAGUUCAAUACAAUGAACCUCUGAAAGUCUUCCAGCAUCUGUGUGACAUCUAUGCCAGUUCUGAGAAGUACAAGCAAGCAGAAGAAUUGUACCAAACAAUGCUGAAGCGUUUUCGUCAGGAGAAGUCCGUGUGGCUGAAAUAUGCCUCUUUCCUCCUGAAGCAAGGCCAGGCUGAGGCUACACACAGGCUUCUGGAGCGUGCUCUCAAGGCUCUGCCCACCAAAGAACAUGUGGAUGUCAUUUCAAGGUUUGCACAGCUGGAGUUCCAUUCUGGGGACACAGAACAUGCCAAGGCUCUCUUUGAGAGCACCCUCAGCAGCUAUCCCAAGCGGACAGACGUUUGGUCCAUCUACAUGGACAUCAUGAUCAAGCAUGGCAGCCAGAAGGAAAUACGAGAUAUCUUUGAGAGAGUCAUACACCUGAGCUUGGCACCAAAGAAGAUGAAAUUCUUCUUCAAACGCUACCUGGAUUAUGAGAAGAAAUUUGGUACAGCAGAAAGUGUCCUGGCUGUUAAAAGAGCAGCACUUGAGUAUGUGGAGACCAAGAGUUCCCUUGCUGACACCUAAGUGUGGUGCAAGUGAAAGCAGAGAGACUUGGCUUUUCAUGUGUGAAGUUCUGCUAUGACUGUUAUGGACAGUGAGUUUCUGGAGAGUAUUGGUCUGUGACCAAACCAGCUUGGAAUGAACAAUCAAUCAAAUGAAAAGAUUUGAUAAAUGUUUGCAGCUUUGUCCAGAUGUUACAAAUAAUGCUGGUCUGUUGAAGUGUUUUUAAAUAUAGACUGUUUUAUAAUCAAAGGAAACAUCAGCCGUACCUGUUUUACUUUCCUAGGGAAAUGGUGCAGUUAUGACACGCUGCUUUUAAGUACAGCAAUACCUUAUAAAUUGAUUUUUCUUACUGUUAAGAUGGCCAAGAAGAUUCUUGUCUUUUGAAUGAAUUAACACUUCAAAAAAUUUAUCUCAGGUGCCUUUGUGCUCUAGAAAUUGGCAGAGCAACACUGGAUUGUGGCAUAGUUGAAGCUGGAAGGAACCUCUUCUUGAUAAUCUUCAAGCUCCUGCUCAAAGCAGGGGUCAGCACGACUAGGUAGCUCAGGUGCACUCCCAGUUUGGUUUUGAUUUCUCCAAAAAUGGAGACUUCACAACCUCUCUGGGCAACCAUCUGUUGUAAAAAGUCGCUAGGGAUUGAUGACAGAAACAGUGAUUUUCAUUAGUCAUUGUCUCUUAAGAGAAAUCACUGAAGUCAAAGAAAAAAAGUGGUUUUUUCUGUGCUGAAAAACGUUAUCCCAAACUACUGCUUAGAAAAAGCCAGGUAUUUUGGGUAUUUAAAAAAGUUGUCACUGAUGUCGGUGCCUUAUGGUCCAUAUCCUUACAAUUCUGUAUUCGUCUAACUUUCCACUGAGAUGUGGAUAUGAUCAGCCAUAUGUUUUACAGAGGAAGAACUCGAGGCAAGGGGAAAACAGGGUAUGCAAACAGAUGUGAUUAUCCAUUGUAGACCCUAGCAAGUAGAUGCCCAGCUUUGAAAUACCAAACUUGAAGAGUCUUACUCAUUGGAGGCACUCUAAACUCAAAACCAUAGCUCUGCAGGAACCAGCUCUUCUGCCUUUGUGAAUGCCCAGUGUUGGAAAGGCUGCAUGAUUCAGCAUUUAUUUCAUUCCCAAGUCCUUUGGGAUCCAGAAACAAGUCAUUUCACUUCUUGCCCCCAGGAAGAGCAGGGUGCUGUACUCAGAGUUUGCUUAAUGGUCUUGUAGUGGAGGAAGCUGAUUGCAACAUCCAGUAGCAACUGCUGCUUUUUUUAAAGAACACUUCAAUGAUGGUGGCUCUUUCUCUUGGUUUAAUUAGUUGCAUAAUAGAACAUGUAAAUAAGCGUUGCAAUAGAAACCAAGAUCCCUCAGAGGUAUUGUUUAUUCUUCACUGCUGGGGCUAUUAAAGUCUGUAGUAGGCAGGAAAAGUGAAAAACCUGUGUGUAAUUCUCUGUGCUAGAGGAGCCUGGUUUGAACCCGUCUUGCUGCUGGGAGCUGUGACCUGUGGGCUGCUCUGUGAUGGGACUGUUGCUGGUCUUUGGAGGAAAAGCAGGGAAUGUGAGCUCAUAGCCUGUGUGAUCUAUCAUGCUGGGAGGAUAAUUGGCUCAAUUUCACUCUAGGCAUUUCAGUGAGAAAUCUAACCUGGCUGCUUGUGCUUGUGUGUAAAACUAUGUGGGUUAAUGUUCCUCACCUCAGCAUUGUCACUGGGGGACACUGCGUGACAGGAACAGCAGGGAUAUUCCUGAGGCUGUCUCAGUGAGGACUACACGUAGAGUGGCAGAGGAGAGGAGAAAAACCAAAUCUGCAAUUGCAAAUUUCUGAGUGUAGUGUCUUGCUCCACUCCUCACUGACAGCUGUCCACUCAAAAUUGCCUCUCCAACAAUGAGGGAAAAAAGACAAGCUGGACAAGCCCCAAGCCCAUCCCACAUGGAAAGAGAGUGGAUUUAAUGUAGGAGAGAGAGAAGGGAUGUAAAAAAGAAUAAAAGAUGAUUUGUGCUCAUGGUUUAUUCUUAGGAUAAAAAUCCAUUCUCAAGAAUUACGUGUCUUGCCCGUUUCCGGGGAAGAGAAGGAACCAGAGUGGAGGUAGUUCAAAGGAAUAAUUAGGACUAUCAAGGAGGAAGGCCAGGGAAAUAAAGGAAGUAAGAGGAACUGUGUUUCAGCAAGUUAUCCUGUGUCUGCUGGCUGUGUGGGGGUGGCGUGCACAUCUGCAUGUUCGCACUCGAGAGCCAGUGAGAAAUGCAAAUGAACUCCUUUCAUCUGAAGUUAAUGCAAUUUCAGUUAACUUCCAUCUGAUUAUUUCUGUGGAUUAGUUGAUGGUGAGGCUGAGAGCCAAGCCUUCCCACAAAAGCAAAUGCAAAGCAAAUCUGAUCCUGGGAUGCCUUGCCCAUUCAGCGGUGUUCCAGCCUCUUUAUGUGAGGGAAUAGCCUGCAGCUCUUUCUUGCAAGACACCAUACUUGUCAAAAGCUUUUUAAAUAAUUUUCUCUCCUUUGCUGCAAUUGUGUAUCCUGAUUUACAAGAUUUGUGCUCUCACUGCAAAAAUAACUAAAAAGCUGUAUUACUAACUUGUAAUAAGUGGUAAUGCUUUAAAACAUUCUAGAAUCGUCUGGAUAGGAGAGGAUCUGAAUCUUUAAUAGAAAGAAAAAAUAAGUUCCCAGUCCUUGAGUUCAAAGAGAAUGUUAAAUUAUGCCUUUUAUGCCCCCCUGAAAAAAACUCAGAAGGCAAUGAAAAAUAACUCUCAUUUAAUAAUGUAUUUCAAAUUUCCUUGUAAGCCCCUCUGAGUUCUGAGGGUUUGAGCUGUUUUUUUAACAACUUAAGGCUUUUUGGUAAAUGGCACAGUGUAAGAGGAAGUUGUACCUAUAACAAAACAGUUCAAGUAGGAAGAACAAACUUCUCUGUCCUGCCACCUCUUUGAAAAGUAUUGGGUACACAGGAUUGACCCUUGGGAGAAAAGGGACUGUGCAAUGCCAGAGGAGCAGCCUUGAAGCCAUAGUCACACAGUGUCUUGGUGAGGGCAGUAAUUUUACACCUUUCUGGUUUUGCUUUCCAAGAAUAUUGCCAAGUCCAUAAAAGAGACCUUCUGCUCCAGGGGCCAAUUAAGGCAGUGGAAAGUUUUAGAAAAUUCAGUGGUAGAUGGGUGGGGAGAGGGCUGCUCCCCAAUCCUGUUACUGCUGUUCCCUUGUUGCUCCAGGGCUGCAGUCCCAGUGCAGCAGAUGGGUGAAUGCAAUGUGCUCUUUGGGCUGGCAGCUUUCUCAUCCUCUUCCCUUCUGAGAAAGAUGCUCCAUAAUUACAACUGACUAACUACAGUUACACAGUAUAUACACUAUAUGUAUGCUUAUAUACACAUGUAUGUAAAGCCAAAUCUGGAUGAGGACUUCCUGCAGCUUGUAACCUAAACAAAGGACUCUCAUCCAAUGGUUGGAUGAGAAAUGCAAUGAGGUGCAGAGUGCUGUGGGUACUGAUUCCACUCAAUCUCCACCGUGCUACCUUGCCCCAAAGCUGUUCUGCUGAUGGUGCCUCCUUUGGGUGUAUAGACUCAUGGUGGCGACCAUUUGGGUUCAUCAGAAAUUGCCAGGCACUUCAGUAAGAACAAAGGGAGUUCGGUCUCUUACCCAAAUUUCAACUUGGUGAUUACAGAGUGCCUUUCUGAAUACCAGGCAUAUUGGUGAUUCCUCCUGCUUUAGUCUCUGUUAUUUGGAAUGUGGCUAUGUUACUGACCCAUUCCAUCCUAGAUGCUAUUGCAUCCUCCUUGCCCCAGGAAUUGUCUUGGCUUGCAACCAUCUGUUGAAACCAGGUUCUUUAUCUCUUCCACAAUCCAUCAUUAAGUCCCACUGCAUGACUGAUAAAAUUACAACAUCCCAUUGUGAGAUGCUCCAGCCAGGGGGAGGAGCCAAGCAUUUCCUACCUAGAUAAAGUCUGAGAUUUGGAACGUCAGGGCAGCCUUUUUCAACUGGAUUCCAGAGGAAAACCAGACCUUUCCACACCAUCACUGGACGUUCAGAGGAAAACUGCACCCUUCUACAGGAGCACUGCUCCAACUGAACCACAUCUGCCACUGCAGGAGGACUGCAGCCACCAUUUAAUGGGACUGCUAGCAACACCCUGACUGACUGAUGGGGUGUCAGGUUGUAUUCUAACUCUGCCAGUGUUUUGGUUUGUUCUUUGUAAUAUUGUAUUUCUAUUUUAAUUUUCCUAGUAAAGAACUGUUAUUCCUAUUCCCAUA